CCGGAGUCAGGAAGCGAACACACCGAUUCAACGUUAACUGCAGUUUAGUAUGACGGGGAUGACGGCCAGUACAACAAACUACCUGUGGUCUUUACAAGACGUCCUCGGUCAAGGGGCGACGGCCAGUGUCUACAAGGCACGCAACAAGAGGUUGGGUGAGCUGGUCGCUGUCAAAGUGUUCAACGCAGUGAGCUACAACCGCCCCCAUGAGGUCCAGAUGAGAGAGUUUGAGAUGCUGAGGAAGCUCAACCACGGCAAUAUUGUCAGGCUGUAUGCCGUGGAAGAGCUGCCCUCCAAACAGAAGGUGCUGGUGAUGGAGUAUUGUUCAGGAGGAAGUCUACUUAGCCUACUUGAGGAGUCACAAAACGCCUUUGGCUUGCCGGAAACAGAAUUCCUCACAGUUUUGCAGUGUGUUGUGCAGGGGAUGAACCACCUGCGAGAAAAGGGAGUGGUACACCGGGACAUUAAGCCAGGCAACAUUAUGCGUACGGUUGGGGAGGACGGCAAGUCUGUUUAUAAGCUGACAGAUUUUGGAGCAGCAAGAGAGCUGGAAGAUGAUGAGAAGUUUAUGUCUAUCUACGGAACAGAAGAGUAUCUGCAUCCAGACAUGUAUGAACGUGCUGUGCUACGUAAGCCUCAUCAGAAAUCCUAUGGAGUGAGUGUAGACCUGUGGAGUAUUGGUGUGACAUUUUACCAUGCUGCCACUGGGAGUCUUCCCUUUGCACCAUAUGGAGGACCCCGCAGGAACAAGCCCACCAUGUACAAAAUAACUACAGAGAAGCCUAUGGGGGCAAUAUCUGGAAUACAGCGAGUUGAGGGCGGGCCUAUAGAGUGGAGCUACCACCUACCUCAUAGCUGCCAACUCUCACAAGGUCUGAUGGUGCAACUGGUUCCAAUACUAGCGGGUAUACUGGAGGCUGACCAGGAGAGGUGUUGGGGUUUUGACCAGUUCUUCACAGCCACCACAGACAUACUGCAGCGGCAGCCAGUUCACCUCUUCUCUCUGCAACAGGCCAUGGCGCAUUGCAUCUACAUACACCACCACAACACGGUGUCAAUGUUCUUUGAGGAGGUGGCGUCUCAGAUUGGAAUAGCAGUUACGCUGCAACAUCUGCUGUACCUUGGUACAGCACUCCCUCUGGAGGGCAACAUGAAGGUGGUAAACCUCCCACGUACUUCACAUGACAAGCCCUUCAUUCUGCUCAGCGACGGGCCUGAAGCAAGUACCAGCCUGCCCUUCAGAGAACCCGAGACUCCAGUGAUCCCGUCCCGGUUUGAUGUUGUGGCAGACUACAACUUCGCCAAGGUUAUAGUGGGAGUGAUCCACCAGUAUCUGAGAAUAGUACAGUUGCUGCACACAGACCGAGAGCUGCUGCUGCAAGGAUACUACAGCUACAUGAUGAGGUUGCGUAGGGAGUGUGAAGAAGCAAUCCACAGUAUCACAAUGAUCACCAUUAGACUGCAGUCUUGCCUCAGCGUGGAACACAGGACUCACACACUUGGCCAUUAUGAUUCAGAAAACCAAGGUUUAACUGAUGGGAGGCAAAAGCUGCAUCAGGUACGUGAGCACCUGCCUAUAUACGCUGCAGGGAUCCAAGAGUUUCAGAGCCGACUGGACCAUCUGCAGAUCGAACAGGCCAAGCUAGCAGAGACGCUGGCCAAUGACAAGAGCUGUCACAAGAUGGAGGUGCUGCUGCAAAAGAUAACCGCAAUUCAUCAGCAUUAUCGUAAAGACAGAUUAACUGGCAAGUUGGCAUAUAAUGAUGAGCAAAUCCACAAAUUUGAGAAAAUCCACCUGUCGUCCCACAUUAAGAGAGUGAAAUCUCUGCUGAGAGAGGACUGCGUGCAGAGAUACAAAGAGCUUUUGGCCUCAACAAGGAUUUGGAGCAGUGUUUUACUGGAGAUGCAGACCAGACUGCAGGACUUCAGCUCUUUCUCCACAGGCUUGUUGGCAGACCUGGAGAUGAGUAAGCAGCACCAAAAUAAGGCUCUGGACAGAAUCCUGUUCACUCUGCAGUCCAAGCAAAAGGGACAGCAGCCUGAAAUUGCCACGAGGGACAAGGACCAGAUGGUCUCUAGGAUGCACCAUCUGAAGGAGGAAAUGGAGAUUUUGGUGAGGGAACUACAGUGUAACAACAGCAUUAUUGAGAGUCUGGGAACAGUGAGCCCUGCAGCAGCUCUGGAGCCGAACUUGGCCAGACCGUCUACUCUGUGACACAAGUGCUGCAGCUUUGCAUCUUACCUCGAAAACCCCAAAACUCUCUAGUUUUAACUGCCACUCAUGAACAGCUAUGGACCAUGCACUGGGUUUUCUUUCAAGGACCGACUGAAGCCCUGUGCUGUAACGAGAGGAAGCAGCCAAAGACAAAUCAAUAAUGUGUAAACCUCAAUUUAGAGAUAAGAUGCCCACAAUGCAGGAGGAGGAGGAGGGGUGUGGGUGUGUGUUGACUAGCACAGCAGUUCAAUGCAAACCACAUUAAUGCAUUUUAGUGUUAAUGUAUUUCUAACAGGCUGCCACAGGAUGAAGCAAAAUAAAUUCCUCGUCAGCUGCCAGAGUAUUUUUCUUCAGGCUGUAUAAUUUUUUGUUCCGCAGAAGAAGCGCACUGCAAACUCUGGAGAACCUAAAAUUAUUUAUUUAACCAGUCUGACACUAUAUUUCUCUGUCUGUGUAUGUCUCUGUGUGUUUGUUGAAGGCUUAAGAUGCCAGCUGUCUUUUGUCCUAAUGGUUGGUCAUUCAAAUGGUUUCAUGUGACUUUAUCUACAUAUGCUGAAUUUACAAUGAUGUACUUGAGUACAUCAUUGUAAAUCAGCAUAAGUAAAUAAAUUACAUCAUUGUCAGCCUUUCCAAGCACACAGAACUGUAAUUUUGAAGUGACACCUGUAUCUCUUCCUGCUGAUGUUUUAAUGCGAAUGAUGAGUUAUUUCUUUGUAUUUGAACGUGGGUUUCAUUGUAAACAAGAAAAAACAAAGUUAGGUACUCUUGGCACUCACCACGGUGUCUCCUUUUAAUAGAAGUACACAGUCCAGACAGUGCAGCAAAUUCACAGCUAGAAAAAAAUGACAUUAGCCAGUGGCUCAUGCGGUGUGCAAAUUCCAGGAUUUGUUAUUUGUCUAUAAAAGGGUGACACAAAUAUAUGCUUUUAUUAUAAAAUUGUUUUGCCAUAUUCUAAUCUCAUUUUGUCUUGAUGAAUAAUAUCUCCUUGAGGAUGUAAUGCAAGCUGAAAGGUGAAGUAAAAUCUAUUGUAUGUCCUCCUCUA